CCUGAUGUCAGGCAAGCUGUACGUGCUCAUCAGCUGGCCCGACGGCAGCCGGGUCAUCAGCAUGGAGAACAUCAAGGAGCCCCGCAAGCCCUUCCACCUCUACACCGUGGGGGAGCAGGUCCUGGCCCGCUGCCCUGGCUUCAGUGGGCUCUACUGGGGUGUGGUGGAAGGCAUCAGUGAGCAUAAAGGUAUUUUGGAGAAGAAGCUGCUGGAAGAUCGACAGCUCCUGGAGAAGUUAAAAGAAGAACCAGCUGUCCACAGCAUGAUGCCGUCCCCACCAAAAAAAUCCAGGAAAACCUUUCCAAAAUGGACCCCAGGGAAUGCAUCCAGGAAACACCCCAGUGACAGGACCUAUCCUGCAAAGCCACUGCUGAGAGUGGCUGAGGCCAGCCUGCCCCACGAUGCCAGCAGCUCCUCCAUCCUCAAGGACAGGCGUGUCCUGGGAAGCGUGGCAGGGAGCCCCCGCUCGCUGGCAGCUCCCCCACACCCAGCCAGUGCCUUCACACCUCCCUCCACCUUCAUCACCAUGGCCAUGCCAGGGCCAGGCACUUCCCAGAGUGAAGAGGACAGGGCUGGUCCAGCUGCCAGAGAUUAUGUUGCCCUACCAAUGAAGAGGAAGUCAGAUGGCAUCUUGUCCCCGUGCCAGCAGCAGAUCUGUCUGAACAGCCGUGAGGAGCGAAAGAUCAAUGCUUUGCAAGAGAUGGAUGGCUUCGAGAGGGCUCACAAAAAUUUCAGUCCUGCUGAGGUGGAAAGGGUGGAGAAGAUGGAGCAGCUGGAAAGGAUGGUGUUGGAUCUCCAGCAGGACGUCCUCUCUCUGAAGAAGAAGGUGCAGAGGCUGGAAUCCCUGUCCUUCCAGGAGGAGCCGCACCGACAGCCGUGUGAGGUGGUGGAGCUCUUCAAUGGCUACACCAAAGAGCAGCUGAAAGAGACCAUCAGGUUUGACCAGAAAAUCAGCACAGCCUGCAAGACUCUGCUCUACAAACUCUUCACCUCUGACUACAUCCAGAGCCACUCCAUCACAGGGCGCAGGGGCAACACCUUCCGCGAGGCGAAGCCCAUGAUGGACGAACGCUGCAUCAAAAUCAUCAGGGUGCUGCUGAAGCAGAAGUUUGGGGAUCACCUCAGUGACACUGUGAUCACAGAGAAGAUCCAGAACGUGCAGAAAGCCCUGAGGCAGAAGUUUAAGACAGAAUGUCUCUGAGGUGUGGGGGAUUUGGUGUCUCCUCCUGCCAUUCCCUGCGUGUCCCUGAGCAGCUUUCCUAGGAGAGGUGAGCUGAGCAGCUGCUGCUCAGUAGAUUUCCCCCAGGGAGCCAGCCCAAGUAAAGCAUGUGCUAAACUCAGCUCAAACACUGCCAAACCUCUGCUUCCAUUAACUGAGCAGGAAUUGGGCUCAGCUUGGUCCAGUUUUUGCACUCUACAAAUUCCUUCCCAUCCAGUCUGUGUGCAAACCUCACUGUGGGUGCAUGGAAUCACCUCUGUGACUCUGAGGAUGUGCUCAAAGGCUUCAGGGCUCCAUUUGGGUCCAAGAAUGGGUCAGGAAGGUAGCUCUAUUCCACACUGCAGAAAUGUUGGCUUUGGGAUAGGGAAUCCAGCUGCAGACAGGCUGUGUCACCCAAUGCAGCUUCUCUCUGUCUGCCUCUGGUUGCUUGUUCUGCCUGUGGGACAAUAUUUACUCUUUCCUCACAGAGAAUGUCUUAUUUUCAGCAUUAACAAAAAGGCAGACUCAUUAAAGCAACAUCUUAAAACAUUCAGAAAA